AGAUUAUUAAAUUUUUCUUUAAAAAAAAAAGAAAGAUUCUGUUUCCUUGUACUUUAUUAAAGCUUUGAAUAUGAUACAUUCGAAAAAAGUAGAUUAUUAUGGCAAAAUAGUGCUUGCACCUAUGGUCAGAAUUGGAGAGCUUCCUACACGAUUGUUAGCUUUAAAAUAUGGAGCAGAUCUUGUAUGGGGACCAGAGGUUGUUGAUAAAGCACUUAUUCAUGGAGAGAUAUGUAAACGAGUUGUUAAUGGUAAAAUUUAAUAUAUUAGAACUAAAAGAAGAAUCUAAAGACAAGAAAAAUAGAAAAAAAUAAUUGUAUUUACUUUAUAAAGCCGAAAGAAAAUAAGAUUUUGUAUAGUAUUCAUCCUAUGGAAAAAUCAAAAUUAAUUUUUCAACUUGGAUCAGCAGAUCCAGAACUUGCAGUUAAAGCGGCACGAUUAAUAGCACAAGAUGUUGCAGCAGUAGAUCUUAAUUGUGGUUGUCCAAAGCACUUUUCUGUUCAUAGUGGAAUGGGCGCUGCUUUAUUAAAAAAUGUUGAUCGUUUAGAGAGCAUAUUGAUAGCUUUGGUUAAAAAUAUCGGUAUUCCUUAUAAUAUUGGGAUUAGCGCUAAGAUUAGGAUACUUGAAGAUAUAAAAGAAACAGAAGCUUUAGUUCGAAGAAUAUGUGAAACAGGAAUUAUAGGAUUGACUGUUCAUUGUCGAACAAUUUCUAUGAGAAACAAAGAAAAAGCUAUAAGAGAUCAAUUAAAAAUGAUAUCUAAAAUAUGUAGGGAAAAAGGUGUAGCUUGUAUUGCGAAUGGCGAUAUCAUAGAUAGAAAAAAUGGGUUAGAAGUAAUAAAAGAAUGGGACAUUGAUGGCGCUAUGAUUGCCCGUGCUGCAAAAAAGAAUCCUAGCUGUUUUAGAAUGGAAGGACUCCUUUCUCAAAUUGAGGUAGCGCAAGAAUGGCUACGUAUGGCAAUACAGACUGGUAAUUCAUUUUCAAAUACUAAAUUUUGUAUUUUGCAAAUUCUUGAUGAUAAAUCAAUUUCUCGAAAAACAGUAUUUCAGCCUUUUCAAAAUGCAAAAUCAUUUUUUGAAAUGGUUAAAAUUCUUGGUAUAGAUAUAUAA